AUGGGAACAUACGAAGAUUAUGUGUGUGUUCCAUACCCGAAUAAUUUAUGGUGGCUGCCAAUUGUGAUCUUACAGUUUAUUGUAGUUAUUGCUGGAUGCUUUUCGCAUUUCAUCUUUGUUUCACUAGUAGUUAUUCCCCAUAAAUUUGGUAUUUAUUUGAGAAUGGCAUUUGGAAUGAUUUCUACAAUGAUGCUGAUCAUGCUUCUGACAUCAACCGGAGCAUUCUUGAUCACAUUGGCACAUGGAAAAUUUAUCGAAGAUUGUGAAAUCAGCAGUAUUCACUUUCGUAAACAGCUAUUGUUUGUUCAUUCGUUUGGAGAAUAUUUUUUCGUUGCAUGCGAGCUUCUGGGUACAAUUGAACGAGUAAUUAGCACUUUAAAUCCAAAAUUCCGAAAAUCCAAAUUCUUCUCCGCAGUGUUCAUUGUUGGAUGUAUUAUUGGAAUGCUUUCAGCGUUUCUCUAUAUUUAUUUAGUUAGAAUUUCAUACGACAGUACUUUGUUUGCCAUCGGAUUUGGUAGUCUGACAAUGAUGGAGAUUUUAAACGGAUGUAUCGUAUUUUCCUUGUUUUACACAGCAAAAGAAAUAUAUCAAAACCAAAGAUCAGCACCACUGCAUGUCCGAUAUGAACUAUUCCAGUCAUAUGCGUACUGCCGUUGUGCUGCAGCAAGUUUUACUGCACGAGUCUUUAUCAUUGCCUACGUCUACCUGAAGCUAGCGGGAUUUUUCGGCGGAGACAUGGACUCUGGCUUUUUUUACAUGAUGAAUUUGUUCAUAAAUCUCUACUGCCUCGUCUACCCAUGGACAAUUAUGCUUUAUCAUCGAAAAAUUAAGAGCCAGAUCAAGCAAGUUCUUGCAACUAAAAACUGGUUCAGGAGUAAAAGAAUAAAGGAAGAAAAUACGAAAACAUUGUACACAAUUGAUGGCCGAAGAAUGAACCGAAUGUCAACAGAUGAUCAUUUCAAUCAGCUCAAUGCGUUUUGGAAUUUGUCUACGUUGCCAUCACCAACUCCAUCAAAGAAUCAUGCUUGA